AUGUCUUCAUUUCCAUACGAGCACCUCGACCUCUCCACCUACGCGCCAUUCGCCUCCUCAUUCUUCGCAAAGGCUCUGUCAUACACGUGGGGUGAUGCUUCCGACCGCAUUGAGAUCAAAUUUGACGAAAGGACGUUUGGUAUCACAAGAAAUCUUUAUGAUGCACUGGAUCAUCUACGAAACGAGACGACAGAUAUAUUUCUCUGGGUUGACGCUGUAUGCAUUGACCAGGAGCAUCACAAGGAGCGCAAUCACCAGGUCGGCCAGAUGAAGCGCAUCUACGAGAAUGCCGACAAUGUUAUCAUCUGGCUAGGACCCGGCAGCCAUGAGACCGAUACCCUCUUCAAGAUGAUUCAACGGCUCGACAAAGAAAGCGCCGAGAUAUCUCGGCGGGCACCGAUCGAUACAUGGAUUGCCCGGUGGUCAGAUCUCUUGUACGAAGGCAGUCGCAUUCCGGCUUGGCAACUUAACAUGCUGCGCGAUGCACUCCGAGAAACUCUCGCGAGGAAGUGGUUCGAGAGGAUAUGGGUCAUCCAGGAAGCCUACAACGCCAAAACGGCCACAGUCGUCUGUGGGUACAGUGCGGUCAGGUCGAGGACGUUCGCUCUCAUGCCGGCCGCUAUGGGCAUCGAGCCCCUCCUACAACAACAGGCCCUGUUGGCGGUUAUGCCAGGGCCUCUGCGAUGGCAGAACAGAAAGCCCGAGUCGCGGAGCCUGAAGACGCUGCUCCAACGAUUCGGCGAUUGCCAGGCGUCGGAUGAGCGUGAUGAUAUUUUUGCAUUACUUGGUAUCGCCUCGGAUGCCUCACAGGAUGGCAUCCUGCAGCCGCGAUAUGACCUCCCCAUGAUGACUAUUUUAAGAAGCACGAUAUCCUACUUGGUUCUCGGAACUGUGCUCGACAAAUCAUUUCAGUUACCUGAGUGGACCUUUCGGGAUUUAUGCCAGCGACUGCAUCAUCUCCUGGAAGAGCUAUUCAAAUGGUCUUUAAGCCACUGCCACAAACUAGCUUCGAUUCUCACAAAUGACAAUGAGCAUUCGAUUCUCGCUUUCCGUCAACAUCCUAUUCUGCGCCUUCUGAAUAUGAACAAGGUCGCAACCCCCGACACAGCGUUGCUUACUCUUGAUGGCGUGGACGUUAAUGUGAUGUAUGCCGGCUACCUACUACUUCACAUGGCUGUGAUUGUCAGCCAUGCAGAACUGGUCAGGCUGAUCUGUAAAGACAAGCGCCUUGACAGAGCCGCGCGGGACACCAAUCUACUGACGGCCCUGGAGCUGGCGGUAAAGAAGAAUAAUGUCACAAUAGUCAAGAUGCUUCUCUCGAAACACAUCGCUGGACGGCAGCUCCGUCACUGGGACAUCAGGAACUCGCUCGAAACUCUCCUCAUCAUUGCUGCAAAGCAGGAAUCGACGGACUGCCUCGAAUUACUACUCCAGACAGGCGCAGAAACCGACUCCGGUCCGGGGAACGAUGGACGCCACUCGGGAUGGCUAAGGCAAUGGGGCACUUGA